AUGGGCACUGGACAUUCAAUAAAAUACUGCAACAAAAAUUCAGAUCGAGCAUGGUUGCGCCGUCGCGACACGAUGGGUGGGAAGCUAGUUAGCCGUGAAGGGCCCGAAGACCAGCGAUGCGACGACAGAGGAAGCUACGACGUGGCCGGACAGCAAGAGGCGGUGGCACAAGGGGAGAGGGGACUGAAAGCGGUGCCGGGGCCAUCAAUCGAGCUGAUACCAAGCACAAGCGAGAGCCAAGGCGCUGUGUCUGAGACUUACGACACAAAGGAGGAGCGGGUGAAUGGACGGCCGACGAUAGGCCGUCGUGAUCCCACAUCGCACGACCGUCAACGACGAGGAGGGCUUGCGAACACAGGCCCGAUGUGGCCUGAGGAUCGGCCUUUCUGGGCAGCAGAGAGAGAGACAUAA